AUGGAUUCACCAACAUUUCUAUCUGGCCGACCUAGCAAGAACACCCUUCCAAUGACGGGCAAGGAGCAUGCGGUAAAGUUCGGAGAUUCUCGAGUCUCGCUUCUGGAUGUGUUGAAGAAAGCGCGACCGUAUGAGAUUACCACUCAAGCUUUGGAGGAGAGAGCUGAGUUAGAGCCUAGUGGGCCCGUUGCGGGUGACCAACCCUUGAAAAAAUUCACCGAAGAGGAUUGGUACCGUAUUCGCGAGGAUGCCUUCCACACACCCGUUCCACCUGCUGAGAUAAAGCGCAGAGAACAGCAAUCUGCUCGUGAUCAGAGGGCUCAACGUCGUUCUCAGAAACAGCCGGUUGCGCCGCAAAGUGGAGGAGUUCGCCGCUCAAGUAGACGUCAGAGCAGAAAAGUUGCUUAUGAGGCUUCCCCUCCCGACAACCCUUCUUCCGAGGACUCCCAAGAUUCGUUCGUAGCAAGCUCUGGGUCUGAGGAAUUCUUGCCCCCUCGCCGUGGAGUCAACCGCAAGCGCACUGUCACUUUCAAAGACACUAAGGAGAAGGUUACCGAGCCAGUCACCAGACGCACACGUAAAGUUCUUGCUGACAGCGACGACGAGAUGGCUGAAGCAACUGGCAGUCGCAGUCGUUCUAAUACUCCCGUGCCCCCUAUCAAGAAGCACAGCAAGCAUGGCACGACCUUGGCAGAUAGUGAUGAAGAGAUGGGUGAAGCAUCUAUGAAUCGUUCCCGCUCUCUCACUCCACUGCCACGCGUCAGAAAGCGCAGUACGCGUCGUACAACUUUGGCGGAUAGCGAUGAUGAGAUGGGUGGGCCGUCUGUGAGUCGUUCUCGCUCUGUUACACCUGCGCCUGCGGUCAAGAGGCGCAAGGUUGAAGGCAAGCAGCGUGUUACUCUUGCGGACAGCGAUGAUGAGAUGGAGUAG